GUAUAUAUAGAAAAUCUACAAGUUUUGAUGCUUUAGUUGGUAUUCCACACUCGACCUAGAAGUUAAACCAACUUAGCUUGGCAUCGAUCAAAUUCAAUCGUUCAUUGAAUUUGAUACGAUCGGUCGCGUCUUCUCCUUUCCGAUCCUCAAAGUACCGUCCUCAAGGAUUAUCCACGCACACCGGCUAGGAUUACCUACGCACCCGGGAUUACCACAACUGCCGCUUGUAGCAGUCCAAAAGUGUACACCAUGAGAAGUGCACUGUUUGUUUUGGCGCUUUGCGCUGUGGCGGUGGCCACCGCAUCGGCCGAUACCCAUGAGCGCAAGACUCGUGCCGCCGAGGGAUACUUCUACCCCCAGCCCCAGGUGCCGUUCGAUCUGCCCGUCCGCACCACCAGGCCACCACCACCACCAACCUACCUGCCGCCCACCAACAAGCCACUGCCACCAGUGACCAUCCGCGUGCCUCCUCCAACGAGGCCACCAACCAGGCCACCAACCACUCGUCUUCCAGCAACCUACUUGCCACCCACCAACAAGCCACUGCCACCAGUGACCAUCCGCGUGCCUCCUCCAACGAGGCCACCAACCAGGCCACCAACCACUCGUCUUCCAGCAACCUACUUGCCACCCACCAACAAGCCACUGCCACCAGUGACCAUCCGUGUUCCUCCUCCAACGAGGCCACCAACUCGUCCACCAACCUACCCACCCACCACUCGUCGUCUGACCACCCCGGCUCCCACUUACCUGCCACCUACCAACAAGCCUCUGCCACCAGUCAUCGUGCGCACCACUCCUCGGCCAACUCUGCCUCCUACCAGGCCUCCUACCAGGCCUCCAACUAGGCCCCCAACCACCUACUUGCCCCCCGUAGUCGUCCGCACCACCCGUCCUCCUCCACCACCCACUCGUCCACCAACCUACCCACCCACCACUCGUCGUCUGACCACCCCGGCUCCCACUUACCUGCCACCCACCAACAAGCCUCUGCCACCAGUCAUCGUGCGCACCACUCCCCGUCCAACUCUGCCUCCUACCAGGCCACCAACUAGGCCCCCAACCACCUACUUGCCCCCCGUUGUUGUGCGCACCACUCGUGCCACCCCACCACCAACUCGUCCACCAACCUACCCACCCACCACUCGUCGUCUGACCACCCCGGCUCCUACUUACUUGCCACCCACCAACAAGCCACUGCCACCGGUCACCGUGCGCACCACCAUUCGCACCACUCCUCGUCCAACUCUGCCCCCUACCAGGCCUCCAACUAGGCCACCAACCACCUACUUGCCCCCCGUUGUCGUGCGCACCACUCGUGCCACCCCACCACCAACCCGUCGUCUGACCACCCCCGCUCCUACUUACUUGCCACCCACCAACAAGCCACUGCCACCGGUCACCGUGCGCACCACCAUUCGCACCACUCCUCGUCCAACUCUGCCCCCUACCAGGCCUCCAACUAGGCCACCAACCACCUACUUGCCCCCCGUUGUCGUGCGCACCACUCGUGCCACCCCACCACCAACUCGUCCACCAACCUACCCACCCACCACUCGUCGUCUGACCACCCCGGCUCCUACUUACUUGCCACCCACCAACAAGCCUCUGCCACCGGUCAUCGUGCGCACCACUCCCCGUCCAACUCUGCCUCCUACCAGGCCUCCAACUCGCCCACCAACCACUUACCUGCCUCCUCCACCACCCACUCGCCCCCCAACUAGGCCCCCAACCACCUACUUGCCCCCCGUUGUUGUGCGCACCACCCGUCCUCCUCCACCACCAACUCGUCCACCAACCUACCCACCCACCACUCGUCGUUUGACCACCCCGGCUCCCACUUACCUGCCACCCACCAACAAGCCUCUGCCACCCGUCACCGUGCGCACCACCAUUCGCACCACCCCUCGCCCAACUCUGCCACCCACGAGGCCCCCAACCCGCCCACCAACCACCUACCUGCCCCCCGUUGUUGUGCGCACCACCCGUCCUCCCCCACCACCCACUCGCCCCCCAACUAGGCCCCCAACCACCUACCUGCCCCCCGUUGUUGUGCGCACCACCCGCCCUCCUCCACCACCCACCCGUAGGACCACCGUUUACGUGCCACCACCAACUGUGCGCACCACCGUGUACGUCCCACCCGCACCCACCAAGCACCAGGGCUACCAGUACCCCGUGCCCAGCAUCCCCUUCAACUUCUAGAUCUAAAGAUCCAGAUGUGAUUAGGGAUAGGGCCAUCGUCUAGGGCUAGAUUGAUCUAGUCAAUUCUCGUACAGUCUAACUUUACACGAUCCGGCGCCAGCGGUGCUAGAGGGCGCCACUGGUGCGCCUGCAAGGACGACAAUUGUUUGUUUUUAUUUUAUUUUUGUAAUUAAUGAAUCGCAUACUCAUACAGCUAGGGAUCAUUGUAAAUGAGUGCCCCAAUUGUACAGCUAACAGUCUAUCCAACUUUUGCUAUGUUCUACCACUACUCUACGAUCGAUAGGCGUCCGUCGUCUGUGACGGACGCCAGCUCAAGACUAUAUAGCUCUAUAUUACGAUUAAAUAAACUUUUAAUUCGGAUCGCUGAAACCUGAACAAUAAAAUAAGUUUUUCGAAUAUUUA